AUGCUCAGAAAGACACUCGCCCGGGGCCUUCGCACCCCCGCAGCCCACCGUUCCUUCUCCUCCUCUGCCCCCGCGCGCAGGGUCGUCGCCACCAACCCCGUCAAGGCACAGGAGGUCCAGUCAUUUGGAAAGUACCCGCUCAUCGAACACGAGUACGAUGCCAUCGUUGUCGGUGCUGGCGGAGCCGGUCUGCGGGCAGCAUUCGGUCUCGCAGAGGCUGGCUUCAACACGGCGUGCAUCACGAAGCUCUUCCCCACUCGUAGCCACACUGUCGCUGCCCAGAACAUGACUGAGGACGACUGGCGGUGGCACAUGUACGACACGCUUGAGCACUUCGGUGUCCCCUUCUCAAGGACGAAGGAGGGCAAAAUUUACCAGCGCGCAUUCGGUGGUCAGUCACUCAAGUACGGCAAGGGUGGCCAGGCAUACCGUUGUGCCGCGGCGGCGGACCGAACCGGUCACGCUCUCCUCCACACUCUCUACGGCCAAUCCCUCCGUCACAACACCAACUUCUUCAUUGAGUACUUUGCCCUUGAUCUCAUCAUGGAAGGUGGAGAGUGCGUCGGUGUCAUCGCCCUGAACAUGGAGGACGGUACGCUUCACCGGUUCCGUGCGCACAAAACUGUCCUCGCGACCGGUGGGUACGGUCGCGCAUACUUCAGCUGCACCAGCGCGCACACGUGUUCGGGUGACGGUAACGCCAUGGACCUCGAGUUCGUGCAGUUCCACCCUACUGGUAUUUACGGUGCCGGCUGCCUCAUAACCGAGGGUUCGCGUGGUGAGGGUGGAUACCUGCUCAACUCAGAGGGUGAACGGUUCAUGGACGCUACGCGCCUACCGCGAAGGAUCUCGCGUCUCAUCCGCGAGGGUCGUGGUGUUGGUCCUGAGAAGGAUCACAUCUACCUCCAGCUCUCCCACUUGCCCCCUGACAUCCUCCACGAACGUCUCCCCGGUAUCUCUGAGACCGCGGCCAUCUUUUCGGGAGUCGAUGUCACCAAGGAGCCCAUCCCCGUUCUGCCCACCGUCCACUACAACAGUACUGGGUGGUAUCCCACUCGUUACACGGGCGAGGUCAUCACCCAGGAUGCACAGGGCAACGACCAGGUGGUCCCAGGUCUCUACGCUGCUGGUGAAGCUGCCUGCGUGUCCGUUCAUGGUGCGAACCGUCUCGGCGCCAACUCGCUUCUCGAUAUCGUCGUUUUCGGCCGUGCCUGCGCGCACCACAUCAAGGAGACCCUGACUCCUGGCAAGCCCCACAAGAAGAUUGACGCCAACGCCGGCCUCCAGAGCGUUGAGUUCCUCGACCAGGUCCGCAAGGCUGAUGGUCCUCUCCCGACUGCGAAGAUCCGGUUGGACAUGCAGAAGGCGAUGCAGUCUGACGCGGCGGUGUUCCGUACCCAGGAAACUCUCGACGAGGGCGUGCAGAAAAUCCGCGACAUCUACAAGACCUUCGACCAGGUCGGCAUCAAGGACAGGAGCAUGAUCUGGAACUCUGACCUCGUCGAGACUCUGGAGCUCCGUAACCUCCUACAGUGUGCCACCCAGACGAUUGUCGCCGCCGCCGCCCGCCAGGAGUCCCGUGGCGCGCACGCGCGUGAGGACUUCCCUGAUCGUGAUGACGAGCAGUGGAUGAAGCACUCCCUCACCUGGCAACAUGAUGUCAACUCACCCGAGGUCGACCUCAAGUACCGCAAAGUCAUCCACACCACGCUCGACGAGAGCGAGUGCAAGUCGGUGCCGCCGUUCAAGCGUGUCUACUAG